AUGGAUGAAGAUACAGCUGCGCUCAAGACGCAGCUAUAUGCCGCCUGCGAGGAGGCUUGCAGCAGUGAUCCCGACCGACUGUUCACUCAGGAGGAUCUCACAGCUCUCGAUAUCAUCCCGCCAAAGGACCUCAAGAAACUGCUGCAGCUCAUCCAGAUCUUGACGAAUGAGCGCCUGUUUGCCCCCGUUCACCUCCACAGUGGCUUAGCAUGGCGAUUGCGUCCAGAAGCAGAAGCUGCCAAAUACAAACAACUCACCAGCCAUGACCAAGUCCUGGUUUAUGAGAUUAUCGACGCUGCCGGCGCCGAGGGCGCUUGGCAGCAAGACAUCAAGCGCCGACUGAACGUGCAGGAUAAUGCCUUGAGAAAAGCGCUCAAGGAGCUUGAGACGAAGCGCCUGGUGGUGCAGUUCACGACUGUCGAGAACACGACGAAGAAGAUGUGGAUCAAAGCCAACAUCAAGCCUUCGUCUCGCGCCACCGGCGGUCCAUGGUACACGGACCAAUUCCUCGACGAGGCCUUCAUCGAAGCCUUGCAAAGUGUAGUUAUGAGCUUCAUAAAGAACCGAGGAAGUUAUCUAAGCAAGGGCGAUAGAGGCGCAAGGAGCGUAAGCCCAGUCCUGCCGAAGAAAGGCACAAUCAACGGCGCUACAUCCGAGGCCGCCAUAAAAAGUAAAAAGCGCACAGCAGACGCUAUCUCGAAAGACGACGCCCCAGUAGCGCCGACUUCGCGGCCCCGAAAGACGAUCCGCCUGCCUCUACCAGCCGGCUACAUGGAAUAUCCCACGACCGAGGAGAUCACAGCCGGCAUCCAGGCCGCAGAAGUCGCCAAAGGCCAACCUCUGAAACAAGAGCAUGUACAGGAGCUCAUCGACAUCCUAGUAUGGGACAACCGCGUCGAGGAGAUCCGCAUGGGCAACAGGGUCGGGUACCGCGCAACCCGCAUCUCCAAGCAGAACCCCUCGCUGUACUCCAAGCCGGGCGACGAGGACUUCUGGGAGCCGCGGAGCAACGGUCAGACGACGGUGCCGUGCGGGAAGUGUCCUGUUUUCGAUCUCUGCGAAGAAGGUGGCCCCGUCUGGGCCGGCGGCUGUGAAUACUUUGACCAGUGGCUUGCGUAACCGCGUAUCAUAGACCUUAGGAUCGUGGAGGCAGGAGAGGCAGUGUUGCGUUGUGGGCAGCUGUUUCAGUUUAUAUCAUGCAUGGCAACGGCGUUAUAUGGGAACAAUACCUUCUUCAAGAGGAGCACAAACAUGAUUUGGGCUGUCGAGGCAUACAUACACAGGCCUCUGAAAAUAUAUACAUUCACAAUAAAUCAUAUUUAUCAUUCAAAUUUGCCAGAUACCUGCCAUUUUACUAGGUAGGCAGCUCCUAAUUUCAACCUGCCUCAGUUGACUUCGUCCCCGAUGUUACAGUACGCCAGUUGUCAGCGCUUCAUUGUGAUUACGGAGGUUCAAGGUAUAUUUAACGCAUUAGGCGCAAUCACGUUAUAAUAUUAGCGAUGAGAUUUUUUUCCAU